AUGUUCAUUUUCGCUGCACCAAGCAUAACUAAUGUCGCAGCGAGGGGAGACUGUCGGAGGCCUGCACGCUUCAGUGUACCGCAACUCGUAGCGAGCCGUACGGCGUCGUUCACCCCGUCGAUGCGGCGCUGGCUCCCAAGGCCCGCCGUUCGCUGUGGCGCGCGCAGUACUCGCAUGGCUGUCGCAACAGAAGAAGAAGUUGCUGGUCGUGUUGUCCCCCUGGAGACUGUGCGCAACAUUGGUAUCGCAGCGCACAUUGACGCUGGGAAGACGACGACGACGGAGCGAAUUCUGUUGUACACGGGAAUAACGCACAAAAUUGGUGAGGUUCACGAAGGAACCGCGGUGAUGGACUAUAUGGAGCAGGAGAGGGAACGCGGUAUCACCAUAACUUCUGCAGCAACGACCUGCUUCUGGCGCAAUCACCAAAUUAACAUAAUUGACACACCAGGGCACGUGGACUUUACUAUUGAAGUGGAGCGCUCUAUGCGCGUGCUUGACGGUGCUAUCGCUGUGUUUGAUGCGGUGUCCGGCGUCGAACCCCAGUCGGAAACUGUUUGGCGGCAGGCUGAUCGCUAUCGAGUACCGCGUAUUUGCUUCAUCAACAAGAUGGAUCGCGUGGGUGCCGACUUCUUCCGGUGCGUGGACGAGAUUCGCAAGCAGCUAAAUGCGGUACCCGCGGUGAUUCAGUUGCCGAUCGGUUCAGAGUCGAACUUUGAGGGUGUCAUAGACCUUGUGAACAUGGAGGAAGUCGUGUGGCUGGGCGAUGAAUUCGGAUCCAAGUACGAACGCCGACCAAUCCGGGAUUCUCUUAAAGCGCAAGCUCAAGAAUGGCGCGAGAAGUUGAUUGAAGCCGUUGCGGAGUCCGAUGAAAAAGCGUUGGAGAAGUAUCUCGAAGGGCAGGAAUUCGGUGUAGACGAGUUGCGCGCACUUAUUCGCAACGGCACCUGCAAAAUCCAGUUUGUGCCUGUAUUGUGCGGAUCCGCAUUCAAGAACAAGGGAGUGCAGACCUUGCUUGACGCUGUUGUCGAGUAUCUGCCGUCACCGCUUGAUGUAGAGCACGUGCGAGGUGUCUCCGUUGACGGUGAGAAGGAGAUAUAUCGAGCAACUAGUGAUCGCGAGCCAUUCUCGGCUUUAGCCUUCAAGGUCCUAACUGAUCCCUUUGUGGGAACGCUGACCUUUUGCCGGGUGUACUCGGGUGUCAUUCGCAAGGGCGAUACAGUACUGAAUCCAACCAAGAACAUUAAGGAAAGAAUCGGGCGGCUGCUCCAAAUGCACGCCGAUGAGCGCAAGGACAUUGAAACUGCGCGAUCAGGAGACAUCGUGGCCAUUGCAGGGCUGAAAGACACCACUACUGGUGACACGCUUUGCGAUGUCGACAACCCGGUUGUUUUGGAGCGCAUGGUCUUCCCAGAACCAGUCAUUUCUGUUGCCGUAGAGGCAUCCAGCAAGGCCGAUAACGAGAAGAUGGGCGUCGCGCUCGCGAAGCUCGCCUCCGAGGACCCGUCCUUCCGCUUCAAGCGAGACGAGGAGACCGGACAAACCAUUAUUUCGGGCAUGGGUGAACUCCACUUGGAAAUCAUUGUGGACCGCAUGAAACGGGAAUUCAAGGUAGACUGCAAGGUAGGUGCCCCGCAGGUCGCCUAUCGUGAGUGUAUCACAACCAGAGGCGAGAUCGACUACACGCACAAGAAGCAGUCUGGCGGGAGCGGUCAGUUUGCUCGCGUGAAGAUUAUUUUCGAACCUCUCUCACCGGAGGAGGCAGCCAGCGGUGAAGACUUCGUUUUCGUUUCUGAGAUCAAGGGCGGCUCGGUGCCGAAAGAGUAUUUCGUCGGCAUAACCAAGGCACUUGAAUCCGAAAUGUCGUCAGGCGUGCUCAUUGGUGCUCCACUUUUGGGACUGAAAGCUCGACUGAUCGAUGGCGCGUACCACGAGGUUGAUUCUUCGGUUCUCGCGUUCGAAAUUGCCACCCGCGCUGCGUUUCGAGAGGGGAUUCCCCGUUGCAAACCGCGCAUCAUGGAGCCCAUCAUGCGCCUAGAGGUGACAACCCCCGAAGAGUACCUGAGCAAUGUCGUGGGCGAUAUCAACUCGCGACGAGGUUUGAUCAAUGAAAUCGGGGAUCGUGGAGCCCUGAAAGUCGUCAAGGCGCUCGUGCCACUAUCAGAAAUGUUUCAGUACGUUUCGGCCCUGCGCAGUAUGAGCAAAGGUCGAGCGAAUUACACCAUGUUCUUCGAGAAAUACGAACCAGUACCGCCAAAUAUUGAGAAAGAGCUACUGGAGAAAUUCGGUGGCUCGCGCUCAUCAAAGAAGUAA